GGAGGCCGAGCCCGCCCCGCGCCGGGAGUGAACGCCGGAGCGGCCAGACGCCGACGGACUGCCAUGGAGGAGGAGGACCUAAAGGAGGGUGGUGAGAAGCCUCGGGGAACCCGGACAGCGGACAAGGCCGGCUGGAUCAAGAAGAGCAGUGGGGGCUUCCUGGGGCUCUGGAAAGACCGGUACUUGCUCCUCUGCCAGGCUCAGCUGCUGGUCUUCGAGAAUGAGGACGAGCAGAAGUGUGUGGAGACGGUGGAGCUGGGUAGCUAUGAGAAGUGCCAAGACCUCCGGGCCCUCCUGAAGCGGAAGCACCGCUUCAUCCUGCUGCGAUCGCCCGGGAACAAGGUCAGCGACAUCAAAUUCCAAGCGCCCAGCGGCGAGGAGAAGGAGUCAUGGAUCAGAGCCCUCAACGAGGGCAUCAGCCGAGGCAAAAACAAGGUUUUCGAUGAGGUAAAAGUGGACAAGACUUGUGCCCUGGAGCAUGUGACGCGCGACCGUGUCCGAGGGGGCCAGCGGCGCCGGCCACCGACGCGUGUCCACCUGAAGGAGGUAGCCAACGCAGCAUCUGAGGGCCUGACCCGCCUCGACCUGGAUGUUCCUGACAGCGCACCCCCCGCCGCUGUCCCCAGUGACCAGGGAGUGGCAGCCCCGGCUCGGGAGGUGCUGUUACCCCCCAUGCCCCCUUCCAAGCCGUCCCCAGCAACUGACUGGAGCCAUCCUGGAUCUAGAGCAGAGUCCCCGGCCCAGGAGAGGGGCCCCACCCCGGCCCCUGCUGCCUCGGGUGCCAAUGGUGAGAGCCAGGAGGACUCAGUGGCUCCAGCUCACAAGGACAGUGACCCCAAGCAGCCCCCCAACAGGGGGGACCCCGAGGGCGACAGACUGAAGGUGAGCUGGGAGGAGCCGGCCCCGGGGCCAGGUUGCGAGGCCCUGGAGCCCAAGCAAGGGGGGCAGCCCCCGACACCCCCACCCAAGAUCUUGUCGGAGAGACUGAGGGUCUCCGUGGAGGUGUCCGAGCCGGCUCCGAGCGCCCAGACUGCUGAGACCGCCGAGACCAUCGCAGGACCUGGCCAGGUGGCCGUGAACGGUGUGGCGGAAGGACAGGAGCCCCUGCAGCCGCCGGGGACCCCCAACCGCCCGGGGACGCCCACCGACAUGGCCCCCGCGGGCUCCAUGUCCCCUCCCCAGGCCGAGCCGCCGCACCCGCACCCGCACCCACGCUGCUCCUCGCUGGGGGACCUGCUGGCCGAGGGGUCCCGGGUGCCCCCCGAGCGGCUGUUCCGGGCGCAGCUGGACGUGAAGGUGGCAUCGGAGCAGACGGAGAAGCUGCUGCGCCGCGUGGCGGGGGGCGAGCCGGGCGCCGUGGACGCGGAGGCGCUGCUGAGCCAGGCCGUGGAGCAGCUGCGACAGGCCACGCAGGUCCUGCAGGAGCUCCGCGUGGCGGGGGAGCGCGGCCAGGACGGCCCCGGCGCCCCCGUGCUGGCCGAGAAGCGGAAGGAGCUCGUGACCCUGUACCGACGCAGCGUGCCCUAGCCCGGGGGAGCCGCAUCAGGACCGCCCGCCG